AGUGGCUGCCAGUAGAAGGAGCUCUUCGGUCUUACCUAAUCCAAAAGGCAAAACAUACACAAACAUGGCGUUAUCACGAGCGGGCGAGAUGCUGUCCUCUCUUCGCUGUGUGUUGUAUUUAUUGGUCCUCAGCGUGGCAGGAAUAAACUCGUCGACUCUUCGUCUUCAUCCUGAGCAGCGUUACAUGCUGCCGCAAAACAGAGGAUUUUUCACAAUAGAAGCAAGUGAGGCUUCACUGCACGGAGAUGGAGGUGGCUCCGCGGCUCGAGCGCUGCAUCUGCCCGCUCGCAGUGGAAUCGAAGGCGGGUCGGUCUCCAGCGUCUACCCGCAGCAUCGAAGUCGCCGGAGCGCUGGUAAACCGGCGAUGCCAAAGGUGUACGGCCAGGCCAACCUGAAUGACUCUCACAACCAGAUGGUCGUCCACUGGGCAGGAGAGAAGAGUAAUGUCAUUGUAGCCUUGGCUCGAGACAGUGCAGGAACCACUGGGUCCAAAACCAGCUCGGUCUACGUGUCCUAUGACCAUGGCACCACUUUCAUACCCGUCUCACACAAGUUCAAGUUUUCGGGGGCUAAGAUGAAGGACGGCAGCAAGCAGGUCAUCUCGCAGUUCUACCACAGCCCUGCAGACAACAGGAGGUACCUGUUUGUGGACUCUACCAACAACUACCUUUGGAACGCCUUUGACUUCUGUAGGAACGUCCAGGGCUUCUCCCUCCCCUUCAAACCCACCGACCUGCUGCUCCACAGCAGACGAGCCAACCUGGUGCUCGGCUACGACGGCUCCCAUCCCAACAAACAGCUGUGGAAAUCGGACGACUUUGGGGAGACGUGGGUGUUGAUCCAAGAGCACGUGAAGACCUACUUUUGGGGUGUGGAACCCUACGACCCCCCAACCACAGUCCUCGUCCAGAGAAACGAGCCCCAGGGUGUAUCCACUAUACUCAGCAGCACUGACUUCUUCCAGAGUGAACAGAACCGCAGACUGAUCCUGGAGCAGGUGGACAGCUUCCAGCUCCGAGACAAGUACAUGUUUGCCACCACCACACGGAAACUGUUGGGAAGCCACGAACCAUCAUCUGUUCAGCUCUGGGUGUCCUACAACCGCCAGCCAAUGAAAGCAGCCCAGUUUAUGACCCGCCAUCCAAUCACAGAGUACUACAUAGCAGAUGCAUCUGAGGACCAAGUGUUCGUGUGUGUGAACCACUUGAACAACGUCACACACCUCUACAUCUCAGACACACAGGGUCUCGCCUUCUCUCUGUCGCUGGAGAACGUGCUGUAUUACAGUCCUGAGAGCUCUGGCAGCAACACACUCAUCAGGUAUUUUGCCAAUGAGCCGUUUGCAGACUUGCACCGUGUGGAGGGGCUGAGGGGCGUCUACAUCGCCACGCUCAUCAACGGCUCUGUGAGCGAGGACAACAUGCGAUCUGUCAUCACGUUCGACAAGGGAGGGACGUGGGAGUUGCUUCAGUCGCCUGCUACCGACAGCCUGGGCGGAACCAUAGACUGCCAGCUCAGUAAAGGUUGCUCCCUUCACCUGGCUCAGCGCUGGAGCCAGUUGUUUAACAUCCAGCUAAGAAGAAUACCCAUUUUAUCCAAGGAUUCUGCACCUGGACUUAUUAUGGCCACAGGAUCUGUUGGCAGGAACUUGGCCAACAAACCCAAUGUGUAUGUAUCCAGCAGCGCUGGAGCCCAGUGGAGAGAGGCAUUGGCAGGCCCUCAUUUCUACACCUGGGGUGACCAUGGCGGCAUCCUGAUGGCUAUUGCACAAGGAGGCCCCACCACACAACUGAAGUUCAGCACCAAUGAAGGCGAGACGUGGACCGACUUUCGGUUCUCAGAAAAGGAAGUGUACGUUUACCAGCUGCUGACAGAGCCCGGAGAGAAGAGCACCAUCUUCACCAUUUUUGGCUCGUAUGCCGAGCAGAGACACAGCUGGCUCAUCUUGCAGGUCAACACCUCUGACAUUCUGGGCGUGCCUUGUUCUGAGAAGGACUACAAGCACUGGUCCCCAUCUGACGAGCACGGUAAUGAGUGUCUGCUGGGCAGAGAGAUAACGUUCAAAAGGCGAGCGCCUCACGCUACGUGUUUUAACGGAGAGGAUUUUGACCGGCCGGUCACCAUCUCUAACUGCUCCUGCACACGCCAGGACUACGAGUGUGACUAUGGCUUUAAGCUGAGUGAGGACUUGUCCCUUCAGGUGUGCGUGCCUGACCCUGAGUUCUUGGGCGACCUCUACGCUCCACCCGUUCCUUGUCCUGUUGGUACUACCUACCGCCGCAGCAAAGGCUACAGGAAGGUACCAGGAGACAGCUGCAGCGGCGGAGAUGUGGAGGCCCGGCUGGAUGGAGAGAUGCUGCCUUGUCCUGUCGGAGAGAGUAAUGAGUUCAUCCUGUACGCUGUGAGGAACUCCAUCCAUCGCUACGACCUGGCCACGGGCACUGACCAGGCUCUGCCUCUGGCUGGCCUCAGGGAGGCUGUGGCUCUGGACUUUGAUUAUGACCGCAACUGCCUGUACUGGGCCGACAUCUCCCUGGACACCAUACAGCGCCUGUGUCUGAAUGGCAGCACAGGUCAGGAGGUUGUCGUGAGGAAAGACCUGCAGAAUGUGGAGGCUCUGACCUUUGACCCCAUCAGUAGACUGCUAUACUGGGUGGAUGCUGGAGCGCAGAAGAUUGAGGUUUCAAACCCUGAUGGGGAUCUGCGGCACACCCUGCUCAACUCUUCCAUCCUCGAACACCCGCGAGCUUUGGUUCUGCUGCCCGGAGAGAGUCUGAUGUUCUGGACUGACUGGGGAGACCAAGCGCCUGGCAUUUACCGAAGCUACAUGGAUGGAACCAACGUGUCCCGCAUCGUGUCCGAGGGUGUCCGAUGGCCCAACGGCAUCACGGCCGACGACCACUGGCUGUACUGGACCGAAGCCUACAGCGACCGCAUCGAGAGGGCCGACUUCAUCGGAGGGCAGAGGCGCGUCCUCAUGGAGGGGCUGCCCCACCCGUACGCCAUAGCUGUGUUCAAGAAUGACCUGUACUGGGAUGACUGGUCUAAAAUGGGAAUCUUCAAAGCUCCAAAGGCUGGUUCCCAAAACAACGAGCUGAUUGUUGGCAGGCUAACUGGAGUCAUGGACCUGAAGAUCUUCUAUAAGGGGAAGAACAGAGGCCAUAACGCUUGUGCCGACCAGCCGUGCAGCCUGCUGUGUCUGCCUCAGCCCGGCCACAGGCACACCUGCGUUUGCCCAGACGGCGCCCCGACUCUAACGACGCCCAGCGGAGAGCUGCAGUGUCAGUGUCCCCAAGGCUACCAGCUCCACAACAACACCUGCAUCAAGACGGAACACAGCUGUCUGCCAAACCAGUAUCGCUGCUCCAAUGGCCGCUGCAUCAGCAGCAUCUGGAAGUGUGACAGCGACAACGACUGUGGGGACAUGAGUGACGAACAAGAGUGUCCCACUACGACUUGUGACCCGUCCAACCAGUUUCGCUGCGUGGCCUCAGGUUCCUGCAUCCCUCUGGCCUUUAAAUGUGACCAUGAGGAUGACUGUGGAGACAACAGUGAUGAGGAGAACUGUGAUUCUCAUCAGUGUGGGCCCGAUGAGUUCACGUGUGCACGUGGUGUUUGCAUCCGCAAGAGUUGGCGCUGCGAUGGAGACAAUGACUGCAGAGACUGGUCAGAUGAAACAAACUGCACUGUGGGCCACCAUACCUGUGAGCCCAGCAGUUUCCAGUGUAACACAGGUCACUGUAUACCUCAGCGCUGGAAGUGUGACGGUGAUGAUGACUGUCAGGAUGACUCGGACGAAGAUCCCCAACACUGUGAGGGAACUCAGUGUAAAGGCUUCCUGUGCUCCAAUCACACCUGCCUGCCAGCCUCCGCGCACUGCAAUGGCAUCAAGGAGUGUCCAGACGGCGCCGAUGAGAACAACUGUGAUCCCCUGUGCACUCGCUACAUGGAGUUUGUAUGUCAGAACCGAGCCCAGUGCCUGUUUCAGUCUCUGGUGUGUGAUGGGAUCAAACACUGUGAAGAUGGCUCUGAUGAGGACGCCGAGUAUGCACAAUGUGCCGCACCGUCUGAAUUCAGCAAAGUGUGUGACAUCUAUACCUUCCAAUGUGCCAACGGAGUGUGUGUGAGUCUGGAGUGGAAGUGCGACGGCAUGGAUGACUGUGGGGAUUAUUCCGACGAAGCCAACUGUGCUGCUCCGACCGAGGUCCCAGGCUGCUCCAAGUAUUUCCAGUAUGAGUGCAAAAAUGGGCGUUGUAUCCCCACGUGGUGGAAGUGUGACCUGGAGAAUGACUGUGGGGACUGGUCUGAUGAAUACAUAUGUUCAGGUGGUUCAGAUCCUCACACUGUGGCCCCCGGCCCCUCCACGUGUGCGCCCAACCGCUUCCACUGUGGCUCAGGAGCUUGCAUCAGCAACACCUGGGUGUGCGACGGCUAUGCUGACUGCCCUGAUGGCAGCGACGAGUUUGGAUGUCCGACAGCAGUUAAUGGCUCUGUGACUCCUGCCUUGGUACCCACUGAGAACCCUCAUUCGCCCGAUCGCUGCAGCCGGAGUCAGUUCCAGUGUCAGCGCCCCGCCCGCUGCAUCCCCGACUGGCAGCGCUGUGAUGGACACGCCCACUGUCAGGAUGGCUCUGAUGAAGCACACUGCCCCACCCACGGUCCUCUGUCCUGUGUUAAUGGGACUCGCUGUUCUGAUGGUGAAGCCUGUGUGCUGGACAGUGAGAAGUGCGAUGGCUUCCUGGACUGCUCCGACCACAGUGAUGAAGAUGGCUGCACCGCGGACACGUUGGCCUAUAAAGUCCAGAACCUCCAGUGGACACCAGAUUUCUUGGGUGGCAUCACUCUGACCUGGACCCGGCCUAAAAACCUUCCCCAGGACUCCUGCUCCUUCCUCAUCUACUACAGGCCUGUGGGCACAUUGCCGUGGACCCCUAUGGAUACCCACAGCAACAAGACCAGCUACAAACUGACCGUGCUGAAGCCCGACACCACGUACCAGGUGAAGGUGCUCACUCAGUGUCUCAGCAAACUGCACAAGACCAAUGAGGUGAUCACAGUCCGGACACCAGAGGGAUUGCCUGACCCUCCCAGGAAUCUGCAGCUGUCCUGUGAUAAUAAUGGUGUGGAUGGGACAGUGGUGGUUUCCUGGAGUCCCCCCGACAAGAGCAACGGCCUCAUCAGGGAGUACAUUGUUGAGUACAGCGUGUUUCAAAGCGCUGACUGGACGUCGGCGAGAUCCAAAUUAGAGACGACUAAGGUGUACGAGCUGCGUCCAGAAACGCAGUACAAUUUCAGGGUGGCUGCGGUGACCAGUCGAGGUGUGGGAAACUGGUCCGAGGUGAAAUCCAUCACCCCUAAGAAAGCCCUGCCUCCUCCCUCUGUGAACCUCGACAGCAUCACCAACGACUCCAUGAGCCUGUCCUUUACAUUAAACUCUGAGUACAAAGUGGAACAGUACACUGUGAUCUUGUCCUGGCAGUUUGACACACACGUGAAGGAGAACAGAAACUACACGCUCACAUCAGGGGUCCUCAAAGCUACAAACCUGACAGCAGGGACGGUGUAUGAGGUGGCUGUGUGGGCUCACACCAGCGUCGGAGACAGCCCCACCACGCUGACACAUCAGCAGACCAAAGGCCAGCAGCCAGAGCGGCCCCUCCUGAAGGCCAAGGCUGUCAACCAGACAGCUGUGGAGUGCAGCUGGACCGUCAGUGGAUCGCCUGCUCAGGUGUACGGUGUGUUUUAUGCCACCUCCUUCCUGGACUUCUACCUCAGUCCUCGUCAGGUGCGCACACCCUCUGUCGGCCUCACAGUGACCGUAGACAGCGAUGAGCAGUUUCUCUUCCUGGUGCGGGUUGUUGCUCCCUUCCUGGGUCCUCCCUCCGACUACGCUGUGGUGAAAAUGAUUCCCAAUGAAAAGCUGCCGCCCAGGAACCUCCACCGUGUGCGAGUCGACAAAACUCAGGCUACGCUCAAGUGGCAGCCCCCCUAUGACAGCCCGAGCAAACCUUUGACAUAUGCAAUACACAUGCGGGAUGUGAUUCGUAAGGUGGAGUGGGACUACAAGCUGACCACCCAGAACAACACAGUGGAAUACGUGCUGAAAGGCCUGGAGCCUGGAGGGCGAUACAGCAUCUCUGUGCGCCUGCGAAACAUGAGCAAGGAGGCCAGCUUCACCCUCAGCACAGUUCCUCUUGCGGCUCCUGAAGCCCUGAAAUUUUUGACGGAGAAGGAUCACAUAUAUCUCUUCUGGAAGAGCCUGGCUGUCCGAGAGAAGGGCUUCAAUGAGAGCAGGGGGUACGAAGUGCGUGUGUUUGACAGCGUGACCAACAAGACGUUGUCCCUGGGAAACACCACAGACACCUUCUUCAGGAUCAGCAGCCUGCUGGUGGGACACAACUACACGUUCUCUGUCCAGGCUCGCUGCCUGCUCAACGGGCAGCUGUGCGGGGAGCCUGCAGUGCUGCUCUAUAACCAGCUCAUAGGGACCAGCGAUGCAUCCCGCAGCGAGGCCCACUCAGGCGACACGGCGGCCGUGGUGGUUCCCGUCCUCUUCCUGCUGCUGCUGGCUGUUUGCGGCGGAUUGGUGGUUCUCUACCUCCGACACCGGCGGCUGCAGAACAAUUUUACCGCCUUUGCCAACUCCCACUACAACUCUCGGCUCGGCUCGGCCAUCUUCUCCUCCGGGGAUGAACUGGGUGAUGACGACGAAGAUGCUCCCAUGAUCAGCGGCUUCUCAGACGACGUUCCCAUGGUUAUCGCAUAGCGUGGCGUCCCCGUCGCCCAUUUCUCUCUGUUCCCUUCUUUCCUCUCCUUCAACCCUUUAGUCCCCUUCGCUCUCCGUCAGCAGUGCGGCACGACGGAGCGCAGAGCCACCGGGCGGAAGCUCGCCACCACCCCAAAGUCAUCCGUGGGAAUCCACCCCAAUUAGCAGAAAAACGUCGAGAAAAAAUGGAAAUGUGUAAAGAGAGAGAAAUAUUUUUCAAAUGUACAUUGC